AAUGUGCAAGGGUAAACUUUCGCAGUCAAGCCAUCCUGCUAAUGCCCUUAACUGCUCAAAGGAUCCAAGAAGCUACAGAUAUGCGUAAGGUCCUCCCAGCUAGAAGCAGAGAGCAAUGGUCAUGCCCCUAGACUGGAGAUAUCCUAGGAGACAGUGAAUCUGAGAAGUACUCCAGGAUCACAGCGAACUCACUUCACAAGCUUCCAGUGCAAUGCCACACAACUCUAUCUCGGAUACCUAAUCAACCGAGCAGAAAAAGCAGGGCCGUAGGGGUCUACUGAGCUUCCUGCAACAACAGUGGUUACAGAAAUGGACACUUUCACAGCUUCUCAGACAAACAGUUCCACCUGUGACUUAUAUGAGCACAAAGAUACAGCACGGAUACUACUGUCUGUCUUCUACAGCUCCAUCUUAAUUCUUGGGGUGCUUGGAAAUGCCAUUGCCCUCACCGUCAUUUUUAAAAACAGAAAGAAGAUCAACUCCACUACCCUCUAUUCAACAAAUCUCGUCUUCUCCGAUCUCCUGUUCUGUAUCGCCUUGCCUACAAGGAUAGCCUACUACGCCCUGGGAUUUCACUGGCCAUUUGGAGAAGCAUUAUGUCGAAUAACCGCUCUCUUGUUCUAUAUCAACACCUACGCAGGUGUAAACUUCAUGACAUGUUUGAGCAUUGACAGGUUUUUCGCUGUAGUCCACCCCUUCCGAUACAAGAUCAGAAGGAUUAAAUAUGCCAAGGGCAUUUGUGUCUUUAUCUGGUUUCUUGUAUUUAGUCAAACUUUCCCAUUACUUAUACAACCAAUGUCACAGGAAGAAAAAGAAAGGACUACAUGUAUGGAAUAUCCAAACUUUGAAAAAAUAGCACAUCUACCAUUUAUACUGCUUGCUGCCUGUUUAGUAGGGUACCUUAUUCCCCUGGGGAUUAUACUAUUUUGUUACUCUCAAAUUAGCUGCAAACUUUUUCAAACGGCCAAGGAAAAUCCACUGACUGAAAAAUCAGGGAUAAACAAAAAAGCCAUCAAUACAAUCAUAUUUGUAAUUAUAGUGUUCAUCAUCUGCUUUACCCCUUAUCAUGUUGCAAUCAUAAAACACAUGAUUAAGAAGCUGCAGAAUGAACCCUCGUGCACUGAAAAGAAAAUUUUCCAGAAGUCACUCCAUUAUACCGUGUUUCUGAUGAAUUUUAACUGCUGCCUAGAUCCUUUCAUCUAUUUCUUUGCAUGCAAAGGAUACAAGAGAACUGUAAUGAAAAUACUGAGACGACAAGUGAGUGUAUCAAUUUCAAGUGCUGUCAGGUCACAUCACGAAGAAAGCUCACGUGAUGUGGGAGAAACGCAAAUGAUGACACUUGCAAAAUCUUCCAAUGGAAAGCUACCUGAAAAAUAAAGUCUGUAGUACACCACAGUGGAGCAAGCUUAAAAAUCCAGGGUCCACAGUAAAAACUCUUAGUGCUCCCUGUACAGCAGCUUAAGUAAGAUUCUGUUUUUCAGGAUGUCAGGAAAUCAAGGAGUGAUGUUGGACUGAAAAAGAGUUGUCACAGGUCAGCAGGAAAACUCAGCAUUAUAAUUUCCUACCUGUAUCAUUUUGACUGAUCUCAUUAUUUUUUCCAGGAAAUAUGCACCACUGUGAAUGUUCAAAUUCCAUACUGCACAUAUGUAUGCCUGGAUGUUAACUCAAGCAAAGACUUGAUUCACAGUUUGGGUGUCUGAGAAAGGAUUAAACUCAAAUAGCUUACAAUUCAGACUGACUACAACCAGAACAUCUGAAAAUUGCAAGACCUCUAGCUGAGCUUCAAUUACAGCAAUGGUUUUGUUAGUCAAGUCACACAAGGAAAAGAAAUCAAACUUUGAGAUAAAACGGACAAUUUCUGUGCACACUUGACUAUCACCAGUGCUGAGUUUAUAGCCCUUUGGAGGUGAGACUGCAUUUUAUAGUAUUUGGAGCACAAAUGUCUUAUUGGACAAUCCACAUAGAUAACAUUGUCAAAUGUAAUAGAUGAAAAGUUAAUGAACUGUUUGGUUGUCCCCAACACUUGAGUACCUCCUGUAUGUUAAAUCACUCAUCUUUGCAAGGUGUAUUAUCUCUUUACUCCUUUUCCUAAAGGAGAACUUUUCUUUCUAGUGUGUAUUGUAAUGAGUCUCUACCCUAGUUGUAUAUAAAUUAUUUAUAAACACAAAAAAUAAGUUGAAGCAGGAGACUGUAAUAUGAAAACUGUACUGUUUCAGUUAGAACUGCAGUGAUACAGGGUUCUUCAGAACUUCUGCUGAAGUCAGACAUGGACACGAGACAAACAUUUUGGAAACGGGAAUAAAUGUUCACAGUUGAAGCCACCAAAAAGUAAAUUAAUGGGUUAAUUCUGAUGGUGUGAGAUGGCCACCUCUUUUUAAGCGCUGUUUACCUGAGAGAUCAAUAAAAGAGAACAGCAGGAUUGGCUGGGAACAACAAGCUUUCCCAUCACGCCUUCAUACAGCGUAACCGGGAUCCCUUUGGGCACACUGAAAUUGGGCCAGCAAAGAGACCAAAUGACUUAAACGCAUCCUGCUGGAAUCGGCUCAAUACCAGUUGAGUAUCCAGGAUGCAAGCCCUGGGUUCCUGCUGUCGUGCCCUUCCGUCAUGUGUCAGUUUCCUUCCCCCCUUCAUUCCUGGCCCCCCGUCUUUUCUUUUGUCUUCUAUCUUAUUAAUAUACCUUUAUCUGCCAACACAACUUGGUAAUUGCACCAUGAGGUUGUGAUGGAAAAGGAAAAUUAAAGAGCUCCUGAGAAUUACUGGUAAAAGCUAUGCCAGAUAUCAUAAUAAAUGUUAUUUUUUGCAGCUGUAUCUCUCUGGCAUUGAGGUUGUGCUGCAAGUCAGACAAACAUAGUUACAUUUGUCAUCUUUGCAAUUCCUUCCUUCCUCACGUGUUGACCUCCGCCUACCUGCAAACAUGGAAGGGUCAUAUCUGAACAGCAGUACGGAAACAUUAAAUUAACAAUUACUUUCUUAUGGGAAAGAAAACGUAAAAGACCCUAUAUUUCAUACCACUUAGAUUGUCAAACUUGAGUUUCUAAUUACAAAAGACACUAUGCAACUAAAGAAAAACAGAGUAAGAAAAAUAAUUCUUAACAGAAGUUCUACUUAAUUCUGUACGCUAUAGCAGUUCUGUUCUUGUCAGCUUUUUUAAUAAACUAUUUUAAAAUAUUAUUUAAGAAUUUGUUCCUAUUGGAGUAAGCAAAUGAUGACCUGAAAAAAACACCAACAGACCACUCAUGAAUACCUAGAAACUGUAGAAAUAAAAUGUAUGUAUUACUAACAUCACACCAAUACAAGCUCAUUUUAUUCUACUAAUGUCUUCUUUUCAAAUUUUGAUAUGUGUUUCAUCUAACUGUGAUUAUAAAACCUGGAAGGCAAGAAGUCUUUUUUAUAUUUGUCUGUAAAAUAUAUAUUACAGCACCACAUAAUGCAGACACCUAUUCUCUUCUAAGUGGAAACAAAGUGAAGAUCUGUAUUGAAAAUCUUUCUCUAUCCCUGUUUUCUUAUGUUAGCAAUUUUGUUAUUUUCAAAUUUAGACUUUGUUUUUCACAAACACACAUCAACGUUCUCAACCAGCUAACUUUACAUCAAAAUACCAGUUUUGCUCUAAUAAGCCUUAGAGUGUUGGUCCAGUUAGAUAUGGGUUUGAGAAAAGCUGGGUUUUUUUCUCCUUAUUUUGGUAUUUCUCAAGUGCUGAAGAAACCAAUAAAAUAAAAACCUUUAAAAGCUAA